CCAACGAGGAAGAGGAGUUCAAAUCAGUGGAGGAAGAGGAGCAGGCCAACAAGGAAAAGGAGGUCGAAUCAGAGGAGGAAGAGGAGCAGGCCAACGAGGAAGAGGAGAAGGUCCAGGAGGGAGAGCAAGACAACCUCGCACCAUCAUUACGGACGAGAUGCGAGCAACAGUCAUUGACCAUGUCAUUGUCCAUGGCAUGACAAUGGCUGAAGCAGGACUACGAGUCCAUCCAAACCUGAGUAGGUUCACCGUGGCCACCAUUAUCAGGGCAUUCAGACAACACAACAGAGUUGAAAGAAUGCCACAUAGAGGUGGGAGGGUUGCCAUAUUUACAGCGGCACAAGAAACCCUCAUUGUGGAUAUGGUUCGUGAGAACAACCUCAUCAGACUCCGGGAGAUCAGAGACAAAGUCAUUGCCUAUAAUGUCAACUUUGAGAGCAUUGAUGAUGUCAGCUUGGCCACAAUAGACCGAGUACUCCGGCGCCAAAAAAUGCGGAUGAAACAGGUCUAUAGGGUUCCCUUUGAGCGCAACUCUGCGCGACACAAAGUAUACAUCCAUGUUCACAGUACAGUUAGUGGACAUACUGUGUUGCUCAGUGGCCUACAUUACUUCUGGACAAUACUGUGCUACCUGAUUGACUGUUGUUCUGAACACCUGUGCACUUUCACAUUUUCACAGAGGAUAUUACAGUUGGACACGAUGGCCAGACCUCAUGAGUACCUCUUCCUGGAUGAGGUUGGCUUCAACCUGCAGAAACGAAGGCAAAGAGGCCGUAACAUCAUUGGCCAAAAAGCCAUCACUGAGGUUCCUGGCCAACGGGGGGUAAUAUUACUCUUUGUGUGGCCAUGGGUUUGGAGGGGCUUGUCCACCGGCAUGCUGUCCUUGGGUCUUACAACACCCAACGUCUCCUCACCUUUCUAGAGGAGCUAAAAGACAUCCUCCUGAACCGCCAACAACACCAUCCUGGGCCCGCACAUCAAAUUCAUGUGAUCAUUUGGGACGAUGUACGCUUCCACAAAACAAAACAAAUCAGAGAGUGGUUCACCACCAACAGUAACCACUUUUUAAACGUCUGUCUGCCACCCUACUCCCCUUUCCUGAACCGUAUAGAGGAGUUCUUCUCAUCAUGGAGAUUGAAGGUUUAUGACAGACAACCAUACACUAGAGAGGACCUCCUAAGGGCAAUGGAGCUGGCCUGUGUUGACAUCCCAGUGGAGGCCUUCCAAGGAUGGAUU